AAGUGUGAAGCCCUAUCGAUUACUGAACCUGCUGGAACAAGCACAUCUUCUAACGGUGACAAUGAUGUACCGGUCCAAAAAGUGAAGGGGUUUAAGCCUAAAAAAGAUUCAUUCAAGCCUUCGAAACGACCAAUUCCAGCUGCGGAGGCUGCAAGGGCUGUAAGCAAGAAGAAGAGAAAAACUAGCAGGCUUGAGGAGGAGAAUUUGAAGGCUGUUGAAGAAAGUUUAAGGCUGAAGCUGUAAUAGUUUUCUUAUAGGAUUAUCUGAAUGAAUGGUUGAUGCUGGUUGAGUUGUUGAAGCUAUUUUGUUCUUUUGGAUGGGUUUUUGGUUUU